AUGUCGGAAUCCGCCCGGUCCAGUCCGCCCGUCAUGCACCAGCUUCAAUCCAUGUACCAUGCCGCCAUACAAGAUUUGCCGCCGCAUCUUUGCCAGAUGUGCGCCGACAUGACGGGCUCAGCGAGGGGUUUGUCCGCCUUGAUUUCAUCAGAAGGCUACCACCACAGCACAGUUCCGCAUGUUCGACAAGCCGCUGAAGGAGGCUGCAUGUUCUGCAGCGCAAUAUUGGACAUGUUACUGACUGGCCACUUGUACAGCCGUACCGCGGGCCAGGCUGCAAAACGUCUAGAAUUAGACGAUACCGUCAGAGCAUUCAUGACCGGCAAAGUGAGUCAGAGGGCCCAAUACGACAACCCCGGACUCAGGGCGCCAGUCAUGCUGCUCGAGGCCAUUGUUGUAAACUGGGUAUACCAGGGACAAGUAUGUGACUUUCAUGUACUUCAUAAAAAGGUUGGCUUUUACAUGGACAGGCCUGUUGUGUUUGGAGCAUUUACAAAUGCUGCCGAGCCAGUACAGAUCUGCCUGGUGGAAGCAGCGGGUAACCCUGUGAUUCUGUCCUUCAAACCUCAGCCUCUGUCCAUAUCUGCCGUCGGUGAUGACCUGGCUGAGGGAUAUAUGCGCUUGCGUAAAGAAUGCGCAGCCGACCACGCUUCCACUUGCCCCCCGGAUGUGGAACAUGCCCUACCCCUUCGUGUUAUUGACGUGGAAUGUCCGGGGACGCCGAUGAACAUUGGCCUUGUUGUCAACAACGCCAGUGCUCCCCGGCGUGGACGGUACGCUGCGCUGAGUUAUUGCUGGGGCGAACCGCCACACGUCUUCAAAACUACCACGUCUGUAAUGCAACAUGGUUUCCAACUGGAUUGGUCUACCGCGCCUAGCACUAUUGUAGAUGCCAUCACCAUCACCCGGAGACUUGGGUUGCGAUAUCUUUGGGUGGAUGCCGUAUGCAUCCUGCAAGACGACGAGGACGACAAGACGUCUCAAAUCAAGGACAUGGCGCGGAUAUACAAGAAUUCCGCCGUUACAAUUGUUGCUGCGAGCGCAUCCAGCGUCAAUCAAGGAUUCAAGGACAAGUCAGUCAAAAGUAUCGCCUUUCCAGUAAAUGCCAUUGACGCUACUCGCCACAAUGGGCUGCGCGUUGGAACACUCUGGGUCCACGCAAACACCCCAGACGAGCCUGAAGAAGCCAUUGAUUCCCGGGGCUGGACGCUUCAAGAAUCCCUCCUCUCGCCGCGGAUUUUAUACUUUGGCUCCAAGGACAUCAUAUGGAAGUGCCAGGCAAAGCCGUUCCAGCCCGUCGUCGGGUGGCAUAACCUCUACAAGGCCGAGGGCAUGAAGCGGCUGCCUUCGACGAUAUUUGGCCUUGCGCUGCCCAGCACCCAGUCCCCGUUGGGCCACUGGCCGCACAUCAUGUCCGAGUAUUCCAGGCGCAAACUAAGUUUGGACGUGGACAACUUCCGUGCCAUAGGCGGCAUCGCAGAGGAGCUUCAGAAGGCAUCGGGCGAUACAUAUAUUGCCGGGCUGUGGAAGAAUGACAUGGCCAAGAGUCUCGCGUGGUUCCGGACGGAUAGAAUUGUGCCAAAACCCGCAAAUGAUGCCCCUUUGAAACGGCCGACAUGGUCUUGGCUCACUACUCUGUUCCCGGUUGGACAGAUUGGCAUCGAAGCAGAUGCGAGCGGCGACGAGACAGUCCAAGUCUUAAGCUGGUCUGUAGAAUUGGCGGAUAAGACUGCCCCAUUUGGCCAUGUCAUUGGGGGAGCUCUAGAACUGUCUGGCCAAGUGAUCCGGGCAUCAGAUAUACCGCUGGCCGUGAUUUCUUCCAUGACGGUGAUGCUGGACGCCGGGGUACGCGACGAAGAUGAUGAGCAGGCGGGCAGGUUCGUAGGCGACGAGUACUACUAUAUGCUCCUGGGGAGUUGUGGGGAGGGCAAGGACAGAAUCAUUAUGCUGCUGCGGGAACUAGAAGAUGGGACUGUGGUGAGAUGUGGCAUUGCGCAUUUGACUGCGAAUACGGCGCUAGCUAUAUGGGAGACGGGCAAGGUUCGGAGGACAAAGGUCACUCUGAUGUAG